AACCGCCGCCGCUGCCGCACCGCCGGCUCCAGAGCUGAGGGAGCAGCGGAGAGAGCAGCGCCCGCCGCCCGCGCUGCGGCUCGGUCGCGCCGGCCCCGCGGGCUCCCGCCGCCGCCACCACCAUGCAGCCGCCGGCCCUCGGCAUCCUCCUGCUCAUCGCCUGCUUCGGCAGCGCCCGGGGAAACCUCUCCCGCGACGCCCUGCGGGAUAACAGGAUCCAGCUGGAGAGGUCCACCCCCAACGAGCUGACCAUCAGCAUCAGCGAUGUGGUGCUGGCCGACGAGGGCGAGUACACCUGCUCCAUCUUCACCAUGCCCGUGAGGACAGCCAAGGCCCUGGUCACCGUGCUGGACUCGGGCACCGAGGUGGUGGAGGACCCCAACGGCAAGACCUUCACGGUGACCAGCAGGGUGGAGUUCCGUGUCACCAAGGAGGACAACGAGGUCGAGGUCACCUGCACCGUGGACCACGAGUCCCUGCAGAACUCAGAGAGGUCCACCACGCAGAAGCUGCAGGUCCACUACAAGCCCACGGCGAAGAUCGAGCCGCACCCGCAGUACCCACGGGAGGGGGAGAAGCUGCAGCUGCAAUGUGACGGGCAGGGCAACCCCAUCCCGCAGGAAUUCCUCUGGGAGAAGGAGGGCAGCGACGCUCCCCUGCAGCUCAGCUCCGACAGCGUCCUCAUCUUCCCCUUCCUCAACAAGAGUGACAGUGGCACCUACGUGUGCACGGCCACCAGCUCCAUGGGCAGCGUGGUGGCCAAGUACAACCUGGACGUCAGCGAUGCCAGCCCGGUGCCCUCCACCUCCAGCACCUACCACGCGAUGAUCGGCGGGGUGGUGGCUGUCAUCGUCUUCCUCCUGCUCAGCCUCCUCAUCGUGCUGGGACAUUACCUGAUCAGGCACAAAGGUUUGUGCCCAAGCCCUGGGGACACGGUGACACCCCCCACCCUGCUCUGGGGGGCAGCCAGGACCCCCUGCUUCUCCAGGAGGGCUUGGGGGGGAAACCUGGAGCACCCCAGCACGUACCUGACCCACGAGGCCAAAGGCUCGGACGACGCUCCGGACGCCGACACCGCCAUCAUCAACGCCGAGGGCGGCCAGGCCGGCGGCGACGACAAGAAGGAAUAUUUCAUCUAAAAGGGUCAGAGAGAGAGAGAGAGAGAGAGAGAGAGAGAGAAAUGGAGCCAAGAGAACCCCGAUGGCAACGGCAACCAGACCACAAACCCCACAAAACCCAACAGAUUUUCUCUGGCGCCCGGCACGGGCGGACGGACGGACGGACAGAGGGAUGGCGGGACAGAGAGCAGGGAGAGCCACCGGCCUCGAGGCGCUGCUGACGCUUCUCGAACUUGUACAAAUCCUUCACUCCAACAGCGAGAGCCCCGGCCCCGUUUGCUUGCUUGCACCUCCAUCCCCACGCCCCGACCCCACAGACCCACCCGUGAGUGAGCGACUUCUUCCUUUUGGACCUUUUUUUUAUUUUAUUUUUUGGCUUUGGUUUCGUGGCUGCUCUUUGCUUCGGGCCCUUGGUUGGGGUGUUGGGCUGGGGUCGAUGUAGCUCUUCCCUUUGUUUCUCUCCCUUUUGGUUUCUUUGAUAUCCAAGGAUAAAAUCAGCUCCGGGUUCCCGGGGUGAGGUUGGGAUCCUGGGUGUCCCCGUUGUCCCCUCCCUGUGGCGGGGGCGGGUGACUCCAGGUGGGAGCAGAGCGAGACCCUGCCCCGAUUUUAUCCUUGGUGGUUCUUGUGGAGCAGUGUCCAUGCGGGAGCAGAGCUGUCCUCGUGCAGUCAGUGUGUGAAAGGGGGUGAAAGCCCAGGGUGGGACCCCCAGAGACACCAGGAGCCCCCACAGCUCCCUGGUCCCACCCCAGCGGGAGGGGGGAGGGCUGAGGUUUAUUUUGGGGGGGGGCAAAUCUAGAGGAAAAGCCCCCAACUUUUAUUUAUUUUUAUUUUUUUUCUUAAAUUCUCUGAUUGGAAAUGCCAAUUUUAACCAUCUAUUGAGAUGUUCAGUGCAGGAGGCAGCGCCCCUGGGGCUGGGGCUGCUUCCCUGGGACCCCCAGAUCAGGGCUGGGGUCUCUCUGCCCCCCUUCCCUCCCCAGCCCCUUCCCAGGGCAGGGAUGAGCUUGGAAAGGGCUGAUUUUCUUCUUGGCUCUGAGAACCCCAACCAAAACACCUGGAUUUGGGGUCUGGGGAGUUUGGGGUCACCACAGAGGCUUUGGAGGAGGGUUCACCCUUCUUCCUUGCCCUUCCUCCUGCCUCUUUCACCUUCACUUCCAAGACAAAACCAAACACCUUUCCCCACCUCUCCAGCCCAGCCCCCCCAAACCAGGCACCCCCGGGAUGGGGCUGCCCCCCCUGGCAUCCUUAGGGCACCCCCAGCCUUGGCAUGAGGUGUUCUGGGAUCCCACGUGCCAGUCUGGGCACAGGGGGGUUGCAGGAGAUGCCCCUGGGCUGGGCACCCCCUGGAUUUGGGGUUGUGUGGAGGAUGAAAAGACCCUUUGGGAAGGGGUAACCUCACCUUGGG